AGGGAGGAGCAGGAGGGAGGUGGAAGGGGGGUCUCUGUCUCAGCAGGGGCAGAAGGGCUGUGCUGGAUGCCCAGGGAAGAUGUGGAGGAAAACGCCGGAUCUCAGAGAAGAGAAGCGGGAGCUGCAGGAGAGGCUCCGUGGGCUGGAGCUCCAGACGCGCUCUGUGCUGCGGCAGAGGCAGGAGACCCUGGGAAAACUGCGGGCAGUGCUGCAGAAGGAGAGGAUGGCGGCACUCUGGCAGCUGCAGGAGAACCUGGAGAAGGAGCACUGUCACCUCAAGGAGCUGGCAGCCCCAGAAGCCCCGAAGGAGCCACUGACUGCAGCGAGAGCCCUGUGGGAGGCAGAGACUUGUGUGUGGGACCCAGCCCAGCCACCCCCUCCUUCCAAACCAGGGUUGAGCCAUGCCACAGGUGCACAGAGAUGGGGCAAGUGCCAGUGCCACCGCUCUGUCUCCUCCCUGUCUCCAAGCACUGUGCCCGGCCUCCAGCAGCCCCACCAUGGGGUCCUGCACCACAUCCUGCGUUGCCUGUGGGAGCUGCAGGUGGAGGACCUCGGUGUGCUGGGAGCAGAGCUGGGCACCACGGCAAGCAUGGAGGUAUGGAGACAGCCUGGGACAAGGGACUUGCCCUCUGCCACAGCCUUGCUCAUGGGAAAAAUCCAGAGCACAAGGUGCUCCGCCACUGAGCGCUCCAAGGGAUGCUCAGCCUGGUGGGAGCAGCCCCACAGCAGGACUCAGGGCACUGUGGUUUGGUUUCUGACCUAAGGACGUUGGGUAGAUCCUAUCACCACCAUAUGGGGUUGGGGAUAUUGGGCAGAUCUGUGGAGGGCUGAGAGUGGGAGGGGACCUGCUGGUAGGAAGGAACCUGCUAUGGGAAGGCCAUAGCGUUCCUCAGGAGUCCUCUUCUGAGUUUUUGUGGAUGAAGAACAGGGUCCUUAUGAGCCUCUUCCACUCUGCAGCCUCUCCUCAAUCUCCCAUCCGCCACCCUGGGAUACAGCCAUGGGAGACAAUUCAAAGGCAAAUAGGAAGUGGUGCUUCCCCUUCUCUUCCACCACAUUUUCAUGGUUUAUGGCCAUGUGGAAGCUUCCCUUAGGUCCUGGCUGGGCUCCUUCUCAGGGCUGGGGACGUGGGGACAGCAUUUUGGGUGCCAUGGACGAGGCCCUGUGCCUCCACCAGGCUGCUGUCCAAGGUGCUGCCGGGAGAACCCGGCUUCCCUCCCGGCAUCUUUGCUGCUCUUUCCUCACACUCACUUGGGAGCUUGGAAUGGAGAGGUUCAUGUUGCAGGGGUGGUUGCUCAGUGGGGUGGGGAUGAAGCUUUGGGGUUGGGGUGAGACGUGGGGAAAUAGAUGGGGAGCAAGGGCCGGGUGAAGCCUUGUGCUUUCCCAGGUCUUGUUGGAGGCUGGGCCACGCACGCUGGGAGUGCUUUGUAAUGGCUGUGGGCAAAAGCACUUCAGGAGAAAAAGGAGUUUAAAAACGAGAAAUUGUUCUAUUUAGGAGCUUUCAAAUAAUUUUAAAGAGGGGAAACCUAUUUCUCAGUCUUCACACAUCUCAUUGGAAAAAAUAUUGUUUUUAAUUUGCAGGAGAAUGCCCAAGGAGAGUUUCUCUGCGUGCGAGGGGGGAAAUGAGAAUUUUGUGCAGUACUGAUUGCUGCAUUUCCUUUCAGGAGGAGAGAGGGAGUGAGAAUGGAAAUCUUUGUCUGCUUUCUUCCCAAUCAAAAUAAAAGCGUUCCUCAUUAUGUUUUUCUGGA